UCCUUCCUUUCCGUUUCUCUUCACUUCCUUCGCUCACCCUUUUGCUCCGUGGAUGUUUGAGGAUGUUUGGAGGUGAAAGAUGAACUGUGCUGCAACAGCUAAAGUGGAGAUCUCUAUGAACAAGGAUGCAAAGCCCUAAGUUUCGGCCAGUUCUUACUGGAGAUAUUAUUCCUUUUUUUUCUCAGAUGGUAUUUGGUUUUCCGAACCCUUGUCCUCUGUGUUGUGAUAUUUCCUCAAUUUGCAAAUCUUCAAGUAAUAAGAAAGUGCGGUUGAAUUACUUCUGAUGAUGUGGAAUGGAGCGUUGUUCAUUUGAAACAAUUAAUGCUCUUAUUGUCUGGACUGGUUUGAUAGGUAUCUGAUGUCAUUUUCCAAAUCAAUGGCUACUGCUAAAGCAUUUCCAGAGCAGCUUCUGAAAACAGUUGGCGAUCAAACACUUGAGUCUUGCCAUAGCAUUCCUUCCCCUUUGCAAAAUUCUAAGCCCAUAAAGUCGGAGCUGGAUAAACCAAGAAGGUUGCCAAAAUCCACUGAUAUAGCUGAUCAAAAACCAAAUCACCAUAGAAAGGGUUCAAUCGAUUGCAUUCCAUCAAAGAAUGUUCUCUGUUCUGAAACCAAUAAUUUACAUUCUCCUAUUAAUACUAUUAAGCUCUCAGUUCAACAAGGAAAUGCACCAGAGCUUCAAUGCUUAGAAGUCAAUGGGGAUCAGGAAAAGAAAAUCUUUCAGCACAGUAGUGAAAAGAAUAGUUCAGCAUCUGCAAAAGUUAGCAAUGGAACAAUUAGCUUAACAAAAACUAGUGAAAGUGCAAAAAUAAGCGACCGGGCUGACUUCGUUGAAAGUUGCAAGAGUAGCAUGUGCAAGGCCAGCACAAGCAGUGAUGUGAGUGAUGAAAGCUCUUGUAGCAGCUUAAGUAGCAGCAUAAACAAGCCUCAUAAAGCAAAUGAUUCUAGAUGGGAAGCAAUUCAGGUUGUCAGGACUAGAGAUGGUGUUUUGGGUUUAAGCCAUUUCAGGCUUCUGAAGAGAUUGGGAUGUGGGGAUAUUGGCAGUGUGUACCUUUCAGAAUUGAGUGGUACUAAGUGUUAUUUUGCAAUGAAGGUUAUGGAUAAGGGGUCUCUGGCUAGUCGCAAAAAGCUGCUCAGGGCUCAAACAGAGAGGGAAAUACUGCAAUCCUUGGACCAUCCUUUUCUUCCAACAUUAUAUACACAUUUUGAGACUGAUAAGUUCUCUUGCUUGGUGAUGGAGUUCUGUCCUGGAGGGGAUCUGCACACUCUACGGCAGAGGCAGCCGAGCAAGCAUUUUACGGAGCAAGCUGUGAAAUUCUAUGUGGCAGAGGUCCUGCUUGCACUAGAAUACUUGCACAUGUUAGGCAUUAUCUACCGCGACCUCAAGCCAGAAAAUGUUCUUGUUCGCGAAGAUGGCCACAUAAUGCUCUCAGACUUCGACCUCUCCCUCCGGUGCGCGGUCAAUCCAACUUUAAUCAAAUCCUCCAACCCUGAUUCUGAGUUCUUGAGAAGCAACAAUCAGGCCUACUGUGUCCAGCCUGCCUGCAUUGAACCAUCAUGCAUCCAGCCUUCUUGUGUAGCUCCCACAACCUGCUUUGGCCCUCGUCUAUUCUCCUCCAAAUCAAAGAAGGACCGCAAACCAAAACUGGAUAUUGCAAACCAAGUCACCCCACUGCCCGAGCUCAUCGCCGAGCCAACUGAUGCAAGGUCCAUGUCUUUUGUUGGCACACAUGAGUACUUGGCUCCUGAGAUCAUCAAGGGUGAGGGCCAUGGAAGCGCAGUGGAUUGGUGGACCUUCGGUAUCUUCUUAUAUGAGCUUUUGUUUGGCAAGACUCCUUUCAAAGGGUCUGGAAACCGGGCUACAUUGUUCAAUGUGGUUGGACAGCCAUUACGGUUUCCAGAUUCUCCAAUUGUGAGCUUUUCUGCAAGAGAUUUGAUCAGAGGGUUGCUUGUGAAGGAGCCGCAGCAUCGGCUUGCGUACAAGCGAGGCGCGACGGAGAUUAAACAACAUCCAUUCUUUGAGGGUGUGAGCUGGGCAUUGAUACGAUGUGCUACUCCUCCAGAGAUCCCUAAGCCUGUGGAGAUUGAGAGGGCAGCAGGGAGAGUUGCUUCAACAAGUGAAAAAGUUGCCCCUGGGACUGAUCAGAAAGGUUCAGAUAGCUAUCUUGAAUUUGAUUUCUUUUAGAGAUUUGUCAUUAGGGGAGUGCAAGUUCUUCUUGGCAAGGGGAAGUUUUGAGUUUCUGAUUUCUCAGGAUGAGAGGUAACCCUAUUAUUGAAAUCUUGUGCUAAAUAUGUUGUUUGUUAGGACUAGUCAUAUUUGUACCGGUGCUCCUCGCUGAAUAUUGGAACAUUUAAAUCUUCAUUAUUGCUUUGAGGCUCAUUUAAUUGUUAGCAGA